UGACAUAACAGGCGGCUGUUUCUGGAGUAUAAAGGCAGCUGCGGACGUACUGGCCGUCACUCGUAACCUGACUUUGACUUUGAGUUGUCACAGAAGCCAGCACGGAGAGGACUGAAGCAACAAGCAGAAUCAUCAUUUCCGGAAGCCAUUACUACAAACAGUGAGAUAUAAAUGGACAAUAUGCAGCAAACGGAGAAGGAAAGUUCGGUGGAUGGAUUUCUUUGCUUCCUCCUUCAUAUAAAGAAGCAGGUGCAAGAAAGGGACGCUGCCUUCAUCACGGAGAUGGAAGCCUUCUAUGAUCACAUGAAACCGGAGGAGAGAUGGGCGUAUGAGGAACAGGCCCGAAACAGGAAGAAAAAUCUUAGCCACGUGGAGUCUAAGAACCAAUUUACGCCACGGAGGAGAUACUGCGUCCGGAUUGAGCGAGUGCUCAACUGGGCUAACAGGCAGACCAGGAUGAUGCAGGAGAUAGAGGAAACAGUGCGCUCGCUCAAACACCAGAAAUCACUGAAAACCCACCUGUUCCACCUGGUGCACGUCAACCACUACUGCAAGGAUAGCAGUGGCAGGUACCUGGGCUGUGAAAUUGCUCUCGCUGAGUUCAGUUUUGUGGACGGUGUUAGGAAAACCUUUCAUUCAUUUAUUAACCCCGGUGAGAUUCCUGUUGGCUACGCUUAUCUGGCAACGAAACGUGCAACAAAAACUCAUCUCAUUCCAUUGCCUCCAGACGCUUUCGGGAGUGUGUCCGAUCAGCUGGAAAUACUCAACAAAAUCAGAUUAUUUCUAAUUGGAGAGGACAGAGAUAAGACAAAGCUGCCGCCUCUGUAUACGCGACCAAGAGAUAUCAACGCUGUUAAAAGCAUUUUGUGGCAACUGAAUGAAAGCGUUGGUCCACACAUGAAUUCAUGGAGAGACCGCUUCCGCGUGUACCCUGUCUGCAAACUGUUUCACGAACUCCGAAAUGGAACUUUGGGUAUUCCAAGUGAAGUAAUCUUGCAGCCUAACUUCUUGGCUGAAGACAAGCUGAUCGACGACUCUUUGGAAUUUACAGAGGGAAUCUCAUGCGACUUCCAUGAGGAGGCAGACGCAAUGCGACACUGCAGUCUGUCGUACGUGCAGCGGUGGAGUUUUCUGAUCAUGAAAGAGUGCUGUGGGUUCCUGAAAAUAGAUACGAUUCCAGGAAAACAUUCCACCUUAAUCACCCGUUUAGUCAACGAAGCUAAAGCAAUGUACCUGGGCUCAUGGAUUCGAGGCUGGAAUCCAAACAGUAACCGUCAUGACAUGCCUUCCUCAGGUUCUCUGUCAGGACAGCCACUCUCCUUAAAGAAGAAAGGAGAAGGAGAAGAAGAAGAAGAAGGUGCCCUUCUGCAGAAACAAUCAACGCCACAGUGGCUGAAACCGCGCGUCCCCCUGGAGCCCCUCCGCAGACCCAGAGCAAUAUCUGUUGCAUUGAAACUGAUGUAUCCGUUUGCAGUCAUAGAAGUAGAGUCGGGUGACGUUAUAUUGCACUGAGUAAUGAGUAACAAUUAGAAUCACUUGCUAACUGCAUCAUAGCAUUUGACACACCAUAGAUUGUAUUUUUUUUUUGCGUUGAGUGUUUUAAACUUUAAUGUAUUUAUGUGUUAUAAUUUUUC